AUGGCAUCACAUGAUGGGGCUUACUCCUCCUCCUCCUCCUCCACCUCUUCUUUUCCUGGAUCAUCAUCUACUAAUUACGAUGUAUUUCUCAGUUUCAGGGGCGCAGAAACUCGCAAUAACUUCACUGGUUUCCUUCACAGAGCUCUUGAAAGAGAAGGAAUCAUUGUAUUUUUAGAUAGUGAAGACCUGUGGGGUGGAAAAGAGAUCCAACCAGCACUUAAUGAUGCAAUUCAACAAUCCAAAAUAUCGAUUGCUAUCUUCUCUAAAGGCUAUGUGGAUAGCAAAUGGUGCCUACGUGAACUAGUUAAGAUAGUUGAAUGCCACAGCAGAAGAUCGUCCAAUGAUCAAAAAAUUCUACCCAUUUUCUUCGAUGUUAACCCAAGAGAUGUUCGCAAUCAGACCGAAGUUAUGAAGGAUCGUUUCAGAAACACAAGGAUAAAUUUGAUGAUGCCGAAAUACAGGAUUGGAAGGCAGCCUUGUCUGUGGAAUCAAUCACAGCUAGUCAAAUUAAUUGUUGAUUGGGCUUUGAGUGAAUUGAGUAACAAUCGCUUGGGUGAGAUUAAAAAUCCUAUUGGAUUAUAUGAUCGUGUAGAUAACCUAUCAUCUAGGUUGAAUGUUGGCUCCGAUGAUGUUCGAUUUGUGGGAAUCUGUGACAUAGGUGGCAUUGGGAAGACAUCUAUUGCAACUACUCUUUACAAUCGCAUUUUUAAAAGGUUUGAAAUGAGUAGCUUUCUUGCAAAUGUCAGAGAAGAAGCUUCAAGACCAAAUGGUUUAGUUUCUCUCCAAGAGAAACUUAUUUAUACCGUCUCCAAAAAGAAAAUUGAAAUAUUCAAUGUUUACAGAGGACAACAAUUGAUAAAAGAAAGACUACAAGGGAGAAAAGUUCUUCUUAUUCUUGAUGAUGUGGAUUCUUAUUCCCAACUUAAAGAUUUAGCUAUCGAAUUCAACUUGUUUGGUCCAGGGAAUAGGAUUAUCAUAAUGAGUAGAGAUGAGCAGAUUCUAAAUGUAGCUAAAGUUGAAGAAAUAUAUUGGCCUAAAGAAUUGGAUGAUGAGGAAUCUCUUCAGCUCUUUAGUUUGUAUGCAUUUUCAAUGAAACAACCUCCUAACGAUUAUAAGCAGCUUUCCCAUGAUAUGAUACAAUUGGCGAGAGGAUUGCCAUUAACUCUGGAAGUGUUCGGUUCUUCUCUCAUUUGUGAAAGAGACAGAGAAGUAUGGGAGAGUAUGAUAAACAAAUUGAAAACAAUUCCUAAUGCAGAGGUCCACAAAAAGUUAAAGAUAAGCUGCGACAGUCUAGAAGAAGAUGAGAAAUCUAUAUUUCUUGAUGCUACAUGCUUUUUUGUUGGAUGGAAGAAAGAAAUUGCAAUUUCUUUGUGGGAAGCUUGUGGGUUUAACCCGAUAUUAGCAAUAAAAAAACUUACUCAAAGGUCCCUUCUAAAAUUUACCAAUAGACUAUCCAUUACCAAUAUUAGAGAAACCAUAAGUGGUUCCUAUGAUGAGCUAAGGAUGCACGAUCAAAUUCAAGCCAUGGGAAGGGGCAUUGUUUACGAAGAAAGCCGUAUGGAGCCAGGGAACUCAAAUGAUUGA